CAUUUCCUGAUCAAGGGAUAUAAAUCUUCCUUGCUCGAUAUAUCCUUUGAAUAAAUAUGGUAGCCCUUGUACUCAUUCUACUAACUGGUCUUGUUCAAGUUAUCAAUUCAUCAGCCUUUAAUGCGUGUUCAAAUUGUGGUAACACUGCGGUUCCAUAUCCCCUCAGCACUAAUGAGGAUUGUGGUGACAAAAGGUACAAAGUUUACUGCAAUAAUGGCAGGUUAGAGUUCUUGUCAGCCACAGGAACUUACUACAAGAUCCUUAGAAUUGACCCAAGUGCUAACAAGCUUGUCAUUACCCCACCCCUCAUACAGAAACACACUUGUUAUUCUUCUGAUCUCAAAAUGGGAGGAUUUGUGCUUGAUGAAAGCUUACCCUUCAAUAUAUCUACACACAACACUGUCAUGUUGUUUAAUUGCUCUGAUAAUAUCCUCUUGUCUCCUCUGAACUGUUCUUCAAACAGCAUCUGUAGGCAGUUUGAAGAAAAGGUGGAGGAGGGAAGUGGGUGUGUGGAUACCCUUUGUUGCCAUUUCUUGAAAGACUCUGCCAUGAAUUCCCAUAAGAUCAGAGUCAGGGUUGGGACCUGCACUGCCUAUACUUGUUUGGUGGAUUUCAAGUCUAGUGAUCCUCUUGAUUCUUGGAAAUAUGGGAUUGAGCUGCAAUGGCUCCCUCCGACCUGACAAAGUUGCAUGUUCAUGGUGUCAUAAUAUCGUGAGUUUGUUGAGCUUUCCCUUUCAAGAAGUGUAGGUCACAGAUAAUGUAUGCUCUUGUUUGUAGAUCACCUAUAAGUUUGUGUUAAGCUCUCCUGUUAUUUUCCAAGUUUAAGUUUUGGUUUGGUUUUCUGUCCCAAGAUUGCUUGUUUGCUUUGUUCUUGUCUAAAUAAGGAUAGCUUUUCUACUAUUUCGUGUUCUUUUCCAUGCAUAUAAUAAACUGUUCAUUAGAUGUGUUUCUUGAUA